AUGAACGCCCCCCAGAAGCGAGUGCACCCGACACCGUCGCCUCGUAGUCAGGCACCGAACGGGAGCUGGUGGGCGUCUCCGUCCGACGCCGCCGUCUCUUCCCACCUCCAGUGGCCCCUCGGCCGGGUGAGCAUCGUCGGCCUGAACAUCGUGCUGAGCGGCCGGGCGUGCUGGCUGCGCCGGCUGCUUUGGCUGCUGGUGCUGCUCGUGCUGCUGGCCUGGCUGGCCUGGCAGCUGACCACACCGUUCGACCGGCUGGCCCGCGGCGGCACCACGUGGCAGUUCUCCAAGCGCAAGGAGAACAGCGUCCGCCUGCCGGCCAUCACCAUCUGCCACAACAACAAGUUCAACCGAACCGCCGUGGAGGCCAUGAGUGUGCCGGGCGCCGGACUGCUGCAGUGGCUCUCCGAGGACACGGAGCCGUUCUCCCUGCUCGACUGGGACCGGUACAACCUGGACCAGUUCUUGGAGGCGGCCGCCUUCGACUGGAGGGCCAUGGUCACCCAAUGCCGCAUCGCCAAGUCCCACUGUCUGGAGGUCGGCGCGGUGCGCACGCUGCAGUCGCCCAUGCUGGGUCACUGCGCCACCCUGGUGACCAACGCCUCCGUCCAGGCCAGCAUCCUCUCCCCCCAGUUCUUCAUCGCGCUCUCCGAGAGUGGCUCCUUUGAGGAGGACGAGCACGACGGCUGGACGCUGUUCCUGCACCAGAGCGACAUCCUCUUCGACGACUUCGUCCUCUUCGCCGGCCUGGCCAAGCCGCUGAAGCUGUACGCCAACAGCUCCAUCACGGUGAAGGUGGAUACCAACAUCAACGUGCUGCUGUCCAACACGGGGAAGUGCGGCGACGCCACCGCUCCUGAGCACCAGACCUGUCUGGAACAGUGUAUCGCCGAGCACGCCAACCUUACCUCGGCCUCCUGCCGCAUCCCCUGGAUCAAAUCCUCGCUCAGCCAGCCCCCGUGCACCUCCUACCGCGACUUCGUCACGUCCGGCCUCCGGCUGCCCAACUCCUUCGACGAGUACAAGAUGGCCGAGGCUCUGAAGCACUGUCCGUGCAUCCAGCCGUGUAGCUGGCUGGAGUACAUCAUCAGCACGCCGUAUCGGAUCGGCCUGCGGGAGACGCGUGGUGCGCUGGGCCCCGGAGAGCGCUCCUCCGGAGCGGGGCCUUCGAGCCGCGCCGAGCUGUGGUUCUCCACCACCGUGCACACCACGGAGGAGCGCCAGCUGUACCCGCUCAGCCAGUUCCUGGCCGAGGUCGGCGGCAGCCUGGGCCUCAUGGUCGGCGCCUCGCUGCUCACACUGGCAGAGAUGGUCGACUGCCUCAUAUGUGUGUGUCUGAAUGCAGCCCAGAGACGACGCCCAGCCGACUGCCCCGUCCGUAACUAG